AUGGACUCGAGGCAGCCUCAACAACAUCCGUACUCGCGCAACGGCGCGUCACCGUUUGGCCGACCGUCUUUCACCCCGGCCCCGACCACGGGCGCAUCUCAACCACCGUAUGCGUCAACAGUCGGGUCGCAUCCCCCGUAUGCCGACGCGCACGCGCGCAAACCGUCUGAUCCUCCGUCAUACUACCCUCCGAGCCGACAAUACCCCCCCGAGCACGGUGCUGGGCCGAUGCCCAACUCGACCCAUUCGCGACAUCAAAGCACAUCCUCGAUCACGUCCGGUCCGACGAUGACGCGUGGCAUGCCGCCGCCCAACUCGCCACCCCAACAACAACAGCAGGGUCAAGGCCCAAGCGACCAUCGAAUGGCAGGGCCGUACGGGCUGCCCCAUCCGCGGCCGCCCCCGGUCUCUGUUGGGCCCCCGACGACAUUCCCACGUGGUCGGGAGCUUCCGGCGCUAGAUUCGCUCUCGCGGGCCGCCAGCUCAGGAAGCAGCAUGUCGAUAUCCUCGAUGCUGGGUGGACCACCACCUGCCCGGGACCCGGGUGCGCCUGCCUCACAAUAUCCUCCCGGUCCAGCGUCGAGUGGCCCCGGACCCUCCCCUUAUAACCCGGCCAUCCAUGCGUCUCCUCGGCCGCAGCCGUCUACAGCACCCGACUAUCAUCAUCCUUACCGACGACCGCAAACACCUGAGCAUCACCGCCUUUACGACAACCGUGACCCCCGCGAUCCGAGAGCCGCAUCGGCUGCUUCGCCUGGUGCGUAUCAAUCGACACCGGAGCUACAACGGUACGGCACGCCGCAGGCCUACGGGCAACGAGGACCCCCGAUAACACAACCCGAGCAAGGCAGGGAGUCAGGGCGUCUGUCAGGAGGUGCCGGUGGGCCAAGGCCGAUGAGCCCGCCGAGACAGUACACAAACACCGCCGGGCCUCGGCCCGGUGAGUCAGCGAGGCCGCCGCCAGAGGUAUACGGACACAGAGAAGAAGUUCGAGUUUCGGGAGAAGAGUACAACCCGGAGCGCCCUAUCCGGGCUAUAAAAUACGAAGACCAACGGUAUCUAUCCGACAGAGAGCGGCAAGAGCGGGAACGACAAGAGCGUGAAAUGGACCUUCGUGAACGCGAAUUUCGCGAGCGGGAGUUCCGCGAGAGAGAGUUUCGCGAAAGAGAGCGUCGAGAGAUGGGCAUGGGCGGCGCAGACCCGUCUCGUGGGCACGGGGGGCACCCGCAGGAGUAUCCACGUCCGAUCGACCAACGAGCAGCGCAGCAGCAGUACAGUCGCCCGCCCGACCCGAGAGACUGGACCCGGCCUGGCUUCGAGCCAGCACGUGCUCCAUACGACCCGACCAUGCACCCGCAGAGACAUCAAGAUUACCCACCGAAUGCAGCGCCACAUUAUAACGGAGCUCCUCGGUACGGGCCGGGCCAUCCGGACCAACAUCACCCGGCCCCGCACCCGCAUCACCAACAUGGCCUCCAGCAAGCCCCCCCUCAGCCGCAGCAGGCCUACGAGUCUCCGGACCGCCAGCGCAUGGGGCCGAUACACAUGGACCGCGCGCACUCACAGCAGGGACCCCUGCGCAACCGAGAUGAGGCCGCGGUUCCACCGCCUUCGGUGGCAUACAGCCUAGGGCCCAUGAGCCACGAACCAGCGUCGAGAAUGCGAAGAUUUGAGGACUCGGGUACACCCACGCAGGCGAGCCAGCGCAACCUUUUGGCUGUGCAGGAAAUGAACCGCAAAGGACGGAUCUCUCCACUUCCGCAAGCGGUACAGGGUGCGCAACCACAGCUGGCAGGCCCAGCCGGGGAGCCGGGCAUCAAGAGCGAGUUUGGCCGUAUGUUUUCUGGUAUAGGAACCGGAGUCGGCACUCUCUCGAGUCCUGUGCCCGCUGGCGCCCAGCUGGCGUAUACCAACACUGGGUUGAUACGUCAAGAAGAUCCAGAGGUUGCGCCCGAGCCUCCAGUCGAGACGACAAAGGCCCCCGGCCGUGGCAAGCGUAGGAAGUUGAAGGAGGAGGAUGAAGAGGGGAGUUCCGCGCCGACGCCUGCGAGUGGACGGGCGAAGAAGCCCAAGGGGCAUCACCAUCACCAUCAUCAUCACCACCACCAUCAUCACAACCUGGAGCAAGCGCCCUCGCCGGCCGUUCAAGGCGGUGCUGCGUUCCGAAAUGUCAAGGGGUCCACCCCAGUUGCAUCCCCUACUGGUAUGGCGAAAGAUCUGCCCGGCGGCCACCACCACCAUCAUCAUCACCAUCACGCACCUCUCCGUUCCCAGCCUAACACGCACCCAGUUCCCCCUCCCCGCAGCCCGUCGCCUAUUAUCCUGCCGAAGCCCAGCCAGGCUAUCUCGUCCCGUGCGGUGUUGGAUAGCGUAGCCGACCGCCCGCGACUGCACCUCGGCGAUGUGGUGUACGAGGUCAAGCUUAAGCAGGCUCGACAACAAGAUGCCCGAACCGGCCGACCGCCCCGAAGCGGGUACAAGUCGACACCUGUGCCACUUCCCUGGGCUCUUAUUGAGGGCAAGGAGAAUUCUACGCUGACCGUCAAGAUUGGUAAAGAGCAUCUGGCACCCGCGGCUCGCGAAGAAAUAACGUCGAGACGCGCGCUUUGGGGCACAGAUGUGUACACGGACGAUUCUGAUGUGAUCGCCGCCUGCAUCCACGCUGGGUGGAUUCGGGGCGAGUGGCCGGAGGAGGUGGAUAUUAACAUGUUGGGCUUGGACCAAGGAUAUAGCGCGUCCGAUGUCCGAAACGUGCUCAGCAGCGGCCAGGCUAACGGCAAAGGCGCCAAGUCGCAGCCUCAGCUGGGAUCCCUCAACUCGACCUCACUAACUGAGCCUCCCAAGGAUGGCCCGAUGCCAGUUCCGGAGAACCGCGACCUGCACGUCACGCUUCUCAUCCUGCCCCGCUUAGAAAAGUACGCCUCGACCACCCGCUUCGGCAUCAAGUCCCGCGAGUUUGGCGGUCCCACCAACGACGAAGACCCACGCCAGCGCGCUGUCCACGACGGCGUCAGUUUCAUGGUAGUAGGCGUGCGGUGGGUGACCAAUGGCGGAGCGCCGCAGAACCGGCUGCGUGGGAAAGCGAGACGGGAGCGUAUCCGCAAGGCGCUGGCGGAGGUAGAGAUGACACCUGCUUGGAUCAGCCGGCCGGUCAGCGGGUCCGGGUGCGAGAUCCGCCCGGACAAGCGAGACGCAGCGCUAGGCUGGUGGAAGCAGAAUACGAGUCGGACGCCGAGUGAGGGGGAUAAGGAGAACCUGGAUCCGGCUGGGAAAGGGAAGGAUGAGAAGGUCGCUAAGGAAGGCCAAACGGGAGAGGGGGGGGAGAUGAGCGAAGAAAAGGAGCAGGAACCUAAGGCUACCGAGGAGGCACCGACUGAACCCCCAAAGGAAACUACCGAUAAUACUACCACGCCAGUGGCCGAUAAGGACAAGGACCUCAACGAAACCCCGACAACAAGCGAAGUAGCGAAGGAAACGGAGAAGGAGAAGGAACCGGAACCGCAACCCGAGCCACAACCCGCCAACGAGGCCGCAGAACAGGAUAAGGACAAGACGACGGAUCGUUCAGCGGAAAGCGCAGACCAUGACGAAGAAAUGGGCGAUGCGCAGCCUGAGAAGACUGCAGACGCUUGA